AUGCUCUGUGCUAUUUCGACGUCUACUCAUUCACAUGCGGGCUGUCGCUCCUGUAUUUUCCUUUCGCUUCUGCAUCCGGCCUGCAAGCUGAUCCGAGUGAAACCGCUGGGACAGUGGUUGGUCUCCGUAAUCACUAUGUGCGUAGGAAACACCGUAUAAGUGGUUUUGUAGCCGCUUUGUGCAGCCAUGUCUCGUUCUUGACGCAUCGCAAGAAGCAAUGACCGCGGUCCUGGACCGCUUCCGUGGCGGAAGCAUGCCUGCUGCCCUUUGCCAAUUUUCGUGCCGGUGUAAGAAGCUACUCGAUGGCCGACGAUCGUGAAGAGUACCCGGGCGAGCUGCUUCACCAGGCUGCUCUGUGGGGGAACGCCGAGCUCCUGGAAGACUUGCUCAACGGCGACCAGGUGCGGCUCAUCGAUGCUCCGGAUAUGCACGGAAGAACAGCUCUUCACGCAGCCGCAACCAACAGUGAUGAGACGUGUGCCCGCAUCUUGCUACAGUCGGGUGCAAAUCCGAGUGCUGCUUGUGGAAUUCAUGACCAGCACAAGACACCACUGCACGUGGCUGCCGAGCUGGGCCAUGUGUCAACGGUGCGACUGCUGCUUGAUUCGGGCGCCGACUUGCUGGCUCGCGAUGCCCAAGGCCAGACAGCCACUGACGUUGCUGAGCUCGCUGGGCAUGCCCAAGUGGCGGAAAUGCUUCGAAUGGCCACCGAGGAGCUGGAUCAGAAGCACCAGGAGAGCUACACUCGACUGGCCGCAUCGUGUGCCUUGGGUCAUGUGGAGGAAGUGCAAGCCCUGUUGACAGAGCUUGGACCCCGUGCCGAGGCUGUGGUAAACAGCGAAGGAGGCCCAGGGGGUGGCUCCCUGCUGUACAGGGCAUGUGAGGAUGGUCAACUGGAAAUCGCUCGGUUACUCCUGGAGCAUGGGGCAGAUGGUCGAGCCCACCUGGUCACUCACUACUCGCCUCUGUAUGUGGCCUGCUACAAGGGACGUACUGAUAUUGUGCCCUUACUACUUGAGCACUUUCCUGAGCUGGUGCGGGAGCCAACAGUGGAGCGGUGGCUGCCACUGCACGCAGCUGCCCUCGGGGGUCACGUGACUGUACUAGAGCAGCUACUGGGUCACGCCUACCCGUCUCACCUGCUGAGGCUGUGGGAAGAUCCAAAUGGCAAAUGGGAGUACCCGCUGGCCUUUGAUGUGAAUGCACAGGAUGCCACGGGCCAGACAGCCCUGUACAUGGCUGCCUGCCUCGGCCAUCGACGCUUUCUGGAAGCACUGCUGAAAUGGCGUGUUUGGGCCAAGCGGCUCCUCACCGCUGAUGAAAGCCCAAUUGCAGACACAGGGCAUGUGCAGUCCAUAGUGACACGCCUCAACAUGGCCUCUGGAGGGGCUGCACCACGCGAGAUGCAACUCUGCCCCGUGCGGCUCGACCUGUACUGCAACCAGGGCAGUGAGACAGCACUGCACGUGGCUGUACGCAAAGGACAUUACGCGCUAGCAGCUGCUUUGCUGCGUGCUGGGGCGGCACCUAACCUUCCCAUGCGGGGAGACAGCCCGUCAAGUGCUCUCUUGGAGGCAUGCCGGCGGAGGGAUGCUCAGAUGGUGGAGUUGCUGCUUCGCCACGGGGCACGAGAUGAGGAUGGAGCGGCACUGGCCGCAUUGCUCCCACACGGCGGGCGGCUUGUGUCACGCCUGCUGUCGCUGCGUGCAUAUCGUGACCCGGAACACACUGUCAACCAGGGUGCCCUAGACGGCCUGGCCCUGGCACCGAGCGUACCUGUGAUGAUCAACUGGCAUGGCCAGCAAUGCCUGGAGCAGUUAUCCGAGCGUUGGCUGGCCGAUGCUGCCAUGGCACUCAACCUCAAGCUCAAGCUGCAGCCACAGCUCACAGGCCCUGCACUCGCCGCCAUCACCCGCCUGGACGUGUCGGGGAAUGCCUUGUCCGAGCUUCCGGGCUGCGUAUUUUCAUCGCUGCCAUCACUGCACCUGCUGGCAGCUGGACAGAACAAACUGGCCACGCUGCCUGCGGUGGUCUCUGCUCCACUUCUGGAGGAGCUGCAGCUGCAGGACAACCGGCUGGAGACGGUUCCAGGGAGCCUGUUCCAGUUGCCUGCCCUCCACACGCUCGACUUGUCCAACAACAAGUUACAGGUGCUGCCUGAAGAGCUGUGGGGAGCACCCCGGCUACGUGACCUAAACCUGUCGAUGAACAUGCUGUCAAGGCUGCCCAGCGAACCAGGAGGCAACUCUGCUCCACAGGAGCCCGAGCCAGCACCUGUUGCACCUCGUGCCCCAUCGCCGACUUGGCCACUUGAACAUCACUGCCUCUGGAGGCACGCACUUGAGGUGCAAGAGACAUAUGCGCCGGAAGGGCCUGGCUCAGGCUGCCCACUGAGCAGCCUCAACCUGUCUCACAAUGCCUUUGAGAGGCUGCCUCCCAUGCUGGCCUGCAGGGCGCCCCACCUGGCUCGAGUGAACCUCAGCUACAACGGGCUGGCUUCACCCGGCGAGCUGAGGUUCUACCCUGUUAGUCUGCGUCACCUCGACCUGUCCUCCAAUCGAUUAGCUGUGUGGUGGACGCCAGCAACAACUGACACCACCUGUGCUGCAACUGGGGGCAGCUGCCUGCACCAAAGCCAUUGGCGUCUGGAGAACCUGCGCACACUGCUGCUGGCCAGUAAUCAGCUGCCAGGGCUCCAAGGUCUAGUGGGGCAGCAAGACGGGAACGACUCCAAGGAGGUGCCACUUUUCCCGAAUCUGUCCAUGCUGGAUGUAAGCAACAACCUCCUGAGCGAUGUGCCAGCAACACUGGCUGAGCUUGGCUCCCUCUCGGUGUUGAACUUGAGCGGGAAUCCGGGCAUCAUCGAGCUGCCUCCACAGCUCGGCCUUCUAUCGAAGCUGUGGAACCUGAACCUGCGUGGCUGCAGCUUGCACGAGCCGCUCGCGUCCAUGGUGCGCUCGACACGCUACCGCACCACUGACCUCGUCGGAUACCUCAAAUCUAUUCUCCAAGAUGCUCGACCGUAUGCCAGGAUGAAGUUAAUGAUAGUGGGCGUGCAAGGCAUCGGAAAGACAUCCCUGCUGGAGCAGUUGCGACAGGAAGGCACAGGCUCAUAUCGGAAGCGGCCUCCCGAACACUGGGGUAAGCGGGUAGGCCACCGCGGCCUUGGACUGAAGACACCCAGGGGAGUGAUGCUGUCCACUGUCGGUGUGGACCUGGGUGACUGGACACUGAAGGGACGACACGGUCCUGUUACGUUCCGCACAUGGGAUUUUGGUGGCCAGAAAGAGUACUAUGCCACCCACCAGUACUUCUUGUCCAAACGCUCCCUGUACUUGGUAGUGUGGCGGAUAACAGAUGGCGAGCGAGGUGUCCAAGGAAUCCACCAGUGGCUUAUCAACAUUCAGGCCCGUGCUCCCAAUGCCCCUGUGUUGGUGGUGGGCACACACCAGGACCUUGUGAAGGAGUGCCUGCCAGAUGGCUACGCGGAGGAGCUGCAGGCACUGAUCCGCAGCCGCUUCCUGGGCGUGGUGGAUGCGGACAAGUGUGGCCUCCCGCGCGUGCUCGACUCUCUGGAAGUGAGCUGCCGCACACGGCACAACAUCCGGCACCUCUGCCAGCUCAUCUAUGAUGUGGCCUUCGACAUGCGCUGCCCGGGCAGCAAAGAGCGCCUUUUGGAACAGCGCAUCCCAGCCACCUACUUAGCCCUGGAAGACGUAGUGGGCAGCCUGGCUCUUGAGCGGCGGCUUCAGGGAAAGGAACCCGUUCUGCACGCUGAGCAGUACCGGAUGCUGGUUAUGCACGAACUGCAGCAGAAGUUUGACUGCUGCUUUCGGGACAUGGCGGAGCUUAACCAGGCCACCUCGUUCCUGCAUGACAAUGGUGUGCUUCUGCAUUAUGAAGAUGCCACACUUAAGGACCUAUAUUUCUUGGAUCCACAGUGGCUUUGCGACGUGCUGGCCCAUGUAGUCACUGUGCGUGAGAUCAACCCUUUUGCACGCAAUGGCAUCAUGCGUUUGGAGGACUUGCAGCACCUGUUUCGAAGUGCCGAAACACGGAGCUACUUGCUGAGCUUGCUGAACAAGUUUGAGGUGGCGUUGACUUGGGACGGGCGUAGCCUGCUCAUUCCGUCCCUGUUGCCUUCAGAGGAACUGCUUCGCUGUGGCCUGCCAGGAGCCGAUGUCCGGGUACCCGUGCGGUCCCGUGGCUGGGGCCUCCGCUCCGCAAUGAGCCGAGGGAACUCGGCCGGCGCUGGGCAGGCACCAGGAAGUGGUGGAUGCACCCUGCGGGUGCUGCCCGCGAGCCGUGAACAGCCCACCGUGCAGCGGCUCGUGCUGCUGUCAUACCUGCCCAGUGGCUUCUGGGCACGCCUUAUCACCCGCCUGCUGGCUGAUGACCAGGUGGUGGAAGCACUCCGUGGCUACUUGGCCCCACCUCGUGGCUGGGAGAAGGAUCCGGGUCUUGCUGCUGCACUGUCGCAGCGCGCCGAGUGGCUCUGCUGGCAGACUGGGCUUGAACUGCGGCAUGCACAGGCUGUAGUCCUGCGCCUGCGUGAAGUGGUGUCUGGUGGCGCAUCCUGCGACCUGCUUGGUGCACGUCCACGCGUACGCCUGGAAGGCCAUUGGAGUCCUGUGGAAACUCAAGGUGCAGUUGCCCUUUUGCUGGAGCUUCCGCUGGAGCGUCGGCAGUGGGGCCCCGUGCAGUUGCUUCCGCGCAUGGAGAGCGCAACCCAGCUGCUUUCCUUGGCUGCUGACCAUGUCGACACUCUACUCGAAGACUGGUACCCGGCUCUGGGCACACGUUUUGUGCACACUUCCCAGGGGCGCUUCCUGGUCACCCGCCUGGUACCAUGUCCUUCGUGUGCCACUGGACAGGGUUGCAGCAUGGCCCCUUCUUCUGGACCACCUUCUCGUGCGAGCACUGACAGUGGUGUUGUUGACAGCCGCCCUGCAUCAGCUGAGGGACUGGAGGAAGCGAUCACGGGCCCCUACGCCUUCUUGGUGGAAGAAUGCAUUCUUGCAGCCAAUGAACGAGGUGCUGUCACCUGCCCGAUCCACGGAGACUUGCGUUUGGCACAGUUAGCACCUGACACGGUUUUUCUAGACCUAGGUGAGCGCUACCUUGUGCAGCCAGACCAGAUACGGCGGGGCCGCAUGCUCGGCCGAGGUGCCUUUGGCUUUGUGUUCAAGGCAACUAUGAAGCAGAGGGGCUCGGGAAAGUUCACAGAGGUUGCCAUGAAGAUGCUCCAGCCAGUAGAGCCUGGCUAUGGGGCACGGCCAUCGGACACGGUUGCCUACAAGGCCGCACGAGCCCAGUGGCAGCGGGAACCUCUGCAGUAUGCCUGCAAGGCGUACUGCACAGCUCGGCAGGAGCUGAGCAUUCUGCUGAGUGUGCGCCAUCCGCACGUGGUGGCGCUACGUGGGGUUUGCCCACGGCCGCUGGCACUCGUGCUGCAGCUGGCUCCACGCGGAGCGCUGGAUGCCCUCCUUGCCGACUUCCGGCGCUCAGGAGCGCACCUGCCUUCUGGUGCACUUCAGAGGGUUCUGUUGCAGGUGGCACGUGCCCUGGAAUACCUUCACCAGCAGCACAUAAUAUAUCGAGACCUAAAGUCCGAGAAUGUGCUGGUGUGGGCGCUGCCGCUGCCCGGUGAACCAGACGGCGGCCCGGUGCAGGUGCGUCUCGCCGACUACGGCAUCAGCCGGGCUGCCCUGCCCACGGGUACCAAGGGUUUCGGAGGCACUGAGGGAUUCAUGGCCCCCGAGAUCAUGCGGCACAAUGGCGAGGAGGAGUACACAGAAAAGGUUGACUGCUUCUCCUACGGCAUGUUUAUGUAUGAGCUGCUGACGCUGCGACUGCCCUUUGAAGGCCAGGACUGUGUUAAGGACCACAUCCUGGAUGGAGGACGACCUGUGCUCACACGCAGAGAGGCACUGAGCUACCCGGGUUAUCUGCUGGACCUCAUGGUGUGUUGCUGGGCUCAGCAGCCACGUGAUCGACCAUCAGCAAGCCAGCUUGUGUCCAUUGUCAGUGCUGCAGAGUUCGGACAGCUUCUGGAUGUUGUCUCCCUCCCAGGAUCACAGCCCCUUCUUGCAGCUGUCUCAUUCACCUCUGGCACCGAAGAGGAGCCAUCAUCUGAGCUGUGGCUGGGCCGCACAGAUGACCAGGUGAAUCUGCUGACCUGUGACAGCAGCCACUGGCAAGAACUCAAGGUGCUAUCUGUGCCAGCUAUCACCUGCCUGUGUGUUGUCAACAAUGACGUCUGGUUGGGCAGUUCGCAGGCGAGAGUGCAGAUCUACAGGCAAGUUUCUAAACUUUGCAGCCAGGACAGCCGCCACGAGCUGUGCACUGUGAGCCUGCUGGAGGAAGGGGACGAGGAGGUUGCCGUGCGUGCCAUGCAGCACGUUCCCCAAGCCGGCCGCGUUGCCUUGACAGCUGGCUCUCGGCUCUGGCUGUGCGAUGAGGUCACCAAAAAUCUGCAGGAGCUGGACGUGCAAGCUGCUCCACUGUGCCUCUGUGUCACCCAGCCAGAUGACAGGCCUGCAGCUGAGCUCUGGUGCGGUGGUUUGGAGGGCAUACUUACCAUCUACCUGGUGCCCGAGAGUGGACCAGUCUCUGGCCGAGAGGCACUGGAGCACCCAGAUACCGGCACAGUCUCCCAGCUUUGUGGCCAAAACAACACCGCCUGGUCCUACCUAUACCCAGGUUGCGUGGUGUACCAGUGGGAAUGCAGUUCGCGCACCCUUCUGCAUCGGCUGGAUUGCUCCAAGCUUGCACCCUGCUCCGAGAGCCUGCUGUCCAUGAGCAUAGAAGAGCAUUUGAGCCGUGGCCGGUGCCAGGUGACCGCCAUGGCAUACGCCAGCGGUGCUCUGUACGUGGGCACCGCCUGGGGCUGCCUGGUGGUUGCAGAGGCAACCGCCCUGAGGCCUCUCACCGUCUUUCGGCCCUUUGAAGAACCCGUAGACGCUGUGUUGUCUUUGGGUGAGCGUGUGGCCGCCCUGGGGAGGGGCUACCGCAGCCUGCUGGCUCGCUUCCUGCCAAGCGCAACCACGGGAGAGGCCAGUCAGCUCUGCGCCCUGCUGUGGUGUACGGAUGGCUGGGUGCUGCCCUAGGGCUGAUUUCCGUCUCUUCCGGCUCCUUGCCAGAUUCCCUUGUCCGAAUUGAUUUGCCUGCACUAGCUGAACUACUUAAAGAAAACUGCACCAUGCUUCGUGAUUUAUUGUGGUGCACUAUGCUUGACGAUGCUAGACACGCUGUACGCACGUGCAAGAGAGUCUGCCAUAAAUUUACAUCUGAAUUAAGCUUGUAUGCCACUGGCUUCAGAUACAGUGAACAUUUCACAUCCACUUUGUGCAGAAGACUACAGUGCUAUAUUUCCACUGCAUGAAGGAAGGUGGACUGGAGAGAAUUUACGCUAAUCUAACGCAAGACCCAUCUUGCACUGCUGGACUUGGAAAAAGCCCCUCAGGCGUCCAACGCCAACACCAUUGCUGCGAGUCAUUCACAGCAGAAAGAUCGUGAAGCUACACUCAGCCCC